GUCGAUCGCUUUCACCCAGAACAUUUAGGUAGCUCGCAUAGUAGUCUGAAUUCGUCGAACGCUGCCUCGAUUGGUCAAGACUAACAAAACAAGAUGGGAUUUCUCGACCGACUAUCAGGGCGCAAGCCUCGCGGCGAGGAACCUGCUGCCUCCGUAGAAGCAACACCGAGCCCAGCGCCUGAACCUGCAGUAUCAUUGCCCUCAACGUCACCGGCGCACGAUGCGCUUCGCGAUGUGCAACCCAACGCCACGCUCUUGGGCGCUGCGGGCCUUAGCGCGCCCCAAGGCAAGCUCUACAACCCUUACGAGGGAUUGUCGACUCAGGCCAUCGGCACGAAGCCUCACCUGUUCAGAUUGCCCGAGCAACCCGAGUUUGUGUUCGAGGAGGAGGCCUCUGUGCGGAGACGGGACUGGACGCAGCAUCUACAGUUCUAUUGCGGAGGAGGGUACCUGGCGGGUGGCGUCGUUGGAGUGGGGGCCGGCCUGUACAAGUUUGUCGUGACCAAGCCGGAGGUUGUGACGGACACGCUCAAGCUGAAGACGAACCGAGUGUUGAACACAUGCGGCUCCUUCGCGCGGCCAUGGAGCAACAGCUGCGGCAUCCUGGGUCUGUUCUUCAGCGGCGCUGAGUCGCUGUACGUGUACCAGCUGGAGCCGUACGGCGUGCCCGACAACGCCUGCACCCUGCUGGCGGGCUUCACUAGCGGGGCUCUGUUCCGGCUGCCUCGUGGGCCGCGGCAGGCGGCGGUGGCGGGUGCGGUGGGCGUGGUGGCGGCGGGCGGCAUCACGGCGCUGCGGAAAGUCUUCCCCUCGCUUUAAAUCGCAGCAGCGUUGCUGCAAUGGCCGGGCGGUCUGAUACUCUGCUCGCUGCUGCAGUAGCAGCAGCAGCAGCAGUAGCAGCAGCAGCAGCAUAAGCUGCAACAUCAGCAGCAGUAGCAGCAGCAGUAUUAGCAACAGUAGCAGCUGUAGCAGCAGCACCUAGGCUGCAUGCGCCUGGCUGCUAGGAGCGUUCGGGCGCCAACGGGAGCGGUCUGGCUAUGUGGGAUGCAGGUCUUUGCGGGGUGUGGGGAAAAUGAACUGUGGAGGGCAUGCUGCAGCACUGCUGAGGGGUUGACGGGGGCGCUGGCGGCUGGUGGCUGCCAGCUCUGGGUCAUAGCAGCUGCAAUGGCUGCGGCGACCGCCGACACUGCCAGGAGGCCGCUGAGGUGCUGGCCGUUGGGGCCACACACCGAUCUGCUGCUGUGGUGGCGUAGUGGGACCACAAGUCCCUCCGGUCCAGCCGCGAUGACAUCGGUGGCGGCGGGUGCAGGCUGCAGCACGGCUGUACGUGCGCAUGCCAUGCGACGGCCUCCGCUGGCUGCCAGGCGGCGGCGACGUUUACCCGGCACAGCAGCUGCUGGCAGACGCGGGGUGAGGGCCCGCUCCGGGUGCACUGCUGCUGCCGGUGCCGGUGCCGCUAGCAGCCAGUGGGACAGUCGCGGCGUGACGCGAGCAACUCGGCACACGCUGCCUGCGUGCGUCUGGGCCGGGCUGGCUGGUUGGCUGGCAAACUGGUUGGAGGGCUGAGUGCGCUGACGUGUGGCUGAGCUUGAGCUGCGGAGGCUAAGGGAUUUGGGCUGUCGGGCGCGCCGUGCCUUGGGCACCGGAACCUCUGAUCGGGGUUCAUGGGCUGAUGCUGCCGCGGGGACUUGUGUGUAUGACGCGGGGCGUGCGCAGCAUGGCGACUGGCUGCGUCGGCGAGGGAGCAGCGGCGCAUGCCGUUGACGCCGUGCAGCUUGAUUGCCGAGGCCGUAGCAAGUUAGAUAGUUGCAAGACAUGACAGGUCAUUUGACAAAGCUUGCAGGUUGACUGCGGUAGCUAGCUGGCCACGGCUUAACACUGACGUUAGUGCUGGCGCCUGCUGUAAACGAGCGGUUAGGAGGGGCUGCUUGACGUGUUUUUGGCCGGGCACAAUCAUCUUACGGCCAGCCUGUUGGUGUUACGGCAUGGUUACGUAUACAGGACCCGCCCUUCUUUGAGUGAGAGCACUGGUUAAGCAGGGGCAAUGAUGGACUGGCACAUCAGGGCGUGGCACUCGGCCAAGGUUGAGCGUGCCUGACUGGCAACCCUUUCGAGCAGGAUGGGAGGAGCUUUGCGAGAUGGUAGCAGGGAAAUCUACGGCAACUGUGGGCAUAAUAUACUCUUGGGACGAGGGGGUUCUCUUCGCGUGUGCGAAUGCGGUGAGGCUGUAACCCUGAAAGGGA